AUGGAAACUCUUAGGCGCGACUUGCACGCUUCGACAGCUCAAUGCAGCUCUCUCUUGACCCGGUAUUCGAAGCUUGCGGCCCAGGCGUCGACUUCGUACAGCUCAUCCGGACUGCUCAAGGAUGAUGUGGGACGGCGGAAGGAGGAGCUCGAGGAGGAACUGACGGGCGCGCUGGACACUUUCUCGGCGCAAAUAGACCGCCUCGCCAACCUGCACGCAACUUCCCACCCUCCACCUUCUGCAUCUGCGACGCACGCGCUCGAGCGGCACCGAGAUGUCCUCGCAGAGUAUAGGCGGGAUUUCCAGCGGACGCAGGCGAGCUUACGAGAUGCAGAACAGAGGGCGAACUUGCUGGGUUCCGUGCGACAAGAGAUCAGCGCCUUCAAGACUGCAUCGGGCUCUUCAGUAACCGACUCGCUGCUGGCUGAACGAGGGAGGAUCGACAACUCGCAUCGCAUGGCUGAUGAGACCCUCGAGCAAGCAUAUGCGACCCGUGCCGAGUUCUCGGCGCAGCGGAGCAACCUGUCGCGCAUCCAGCAGAGGAUGAACGGGGUCGCUUCUCAAGUACCCGGCCUCAACUCGGUCAUUGGUAUGAUCAACAACCGGCGGCAGAAGAACGCCAUGAUCUGGGGCGUCGUGCUCGGGUUGAUGGCGGUCAUUCUCCUCUGGCAGGUCUUCGGUUGA